UUUGAGCCUUUGAGACGAGAGAGAGAGAGAGAGAGAGAGAGAGAGAGGGAACCCAACAAAACACACCCCCUCCCACUUUUGUCGUUCCGGGGCUAUAGGGUGGGGUGGGGGGCAUCGGCAUCGGCAUCGCCAUCGCCAUCGCCAUGGGAGACAUCCUUCGUUUCGUUAAAUAGUUUUCUCCUAUUUUUGUUUUUCUCUGGUUUGUUUUUUAAUUCAAAGAAAUAAAUUAAAAAAUAAACAAUCUCUAUCCCAACUCUCUCAAUUAGUUCGGGGGGAAGACAAGUUUGCGAUUUUCCUGCGAUUGAAGCUCUUUCUGCUGUGCGAGCGAGCUUGCUUCUCAGUUACUUAGCAAUUCGGUGGUAAAUCUGUCCUAUUGCUGCUUUGCCGCGGAGUAUGGUCUGAGCAAGGAAGUUUCAGCUCUGCCUGUGCUGAGCUGGCUUAAUCAGGUCAGGUGCUGCAAUGUCUGAGCCCGAACCUACUUUGGCGAUGGAAGAAACCCUGGCAGCAAAUGGCUCCGGACCUCCUGCUGAAGAUAUAAAUAGUGAGAAUCUAGCUGCAAAGAACGAUGCUGAUAAAAAUGGAAAAGUGCAGGAAACCGACAAAAAGGCUUUGUCCGUCACUGAUGAAAAAAAAGAAGGCAUAGAGACUGAGGGGGAUACUGUAACUGGCAAAAACGACAAUGAUGAAAAGAAAGAUGUGCACGAGGUCGACAGGGAGACCAUGGCUGUCACAAACGACGCUGAUGAAAAGAAGGAUGGACAAGAGAGUGAGGAGGCGGCUUUAACUGCUAAGAACAACGGAGAUGAAAACAAAGAUGGGCAAGAAAGGGAGGCGGAGGCUACAACCGGCAGAAACCAAAGUGAUGAAAAGAAGGAAGCACAUGAGACUACGGCAGAGGCUCGAACUGUUACAAAUGACGAUGAUGAAAAGAAAGAUGACCAGGAGACUGAGGCGAAUGCUCUAACUGGAGAAACUGAUGGCGAUGGAAAGAAAGAUAGGCAAGAUACCGAGCUGGCCAAUAUUGAAAAGGAGGUUGUUCAAGAAAAGACUGAAGGAAAAGAAAAUGGCAUAGAAACUGUAGAAGAUGCAGAGGGUGGUAAAGAGGAUAAGAAGAUGGAGGAUGUGGAUAUGAGGGAAGCUGAGGAUGUGAAGAUGGUCGACAGUACAGAGGACGUGAAAAUGGUAGACGCUGAGGAUGUAAAAGAUGAGAAUAAAUUGUGUGAAGAAGAAGGGCAAAAUGAAGGAGACGUGAAACCAGAAGAAGGGGUCGAGGUGAAGGAAGAGAGAGAUGGUACUCAUGUUGAGAAAAAUGCUGAUGAAAGUAAGGAGGAACGCACGCCAAAGAAGAAAAGAUCAAAGAGUAAAAAAUCAGGUGAUAGAGGGUCGCAAAAGGAUAGGAAGCAGAGUGGUAUGAAGGCCAAGGAGUUUUCAAGUACUCCAACGGCUUAUUCCAUUGAUCGACCUGUGCGUGAGAGAAAGACAGUGGAGAGAUUGGUGGAAGUUAUUGAGAAGGAGAUGAAUAAGGAAUUUGUCGUAGAGAAGGGUCGUGGCACUCCUCUGAAGGAUAUACCGAGUGUGGCAUACAAAUUAGCAAGAAGGAAACCUGCUGAUCUAAAGUUGAUUCAUCAGACUCUUUUCGGGAGGAAAGGAAAGGCAGUCGAUUUUAAAAGCCAUAUCCUCCAGUUUUCUGGAUUUGUAUGGCAUGAGAGUGAUGAGAAACAAAGAGCCAAGACGAAAGAGAAACUUGACAAAUAUGUGAAAGAUACACUCUUGGAUUUAUGUGAUCUGUUCAAUAUCCCUGUUCCAAAAACGAGUGCAAGGAAGGAAGAUCUUGUGGUGAAGCUGUUGGAUUUUAUAGCUGCCCCUCAUGCUACAACUGAUGCCAUGCUUGCUGACGAGCAGACAUCAAAAUCUAGAAAGCGCAAGAGAAUGAGUAAAGGAAGUGCUUCUAAGACCGUUGAAGGCUUGCCAGCAAAGAGGUCUAGGAAGAACCUUGCCAAAGGUGAUGACACUCCUAGUGCGGAUGAGAAGAGAGGCGAUGAAACAGAAGAAGAGGAAGAAGAGGAUGAUGGAGAUUAUCAUGAUAAAGGUAAACAACCUAAGCAUUUGGAAAGUGAGAGGAAGGAAGAUGAAUCCGAGGAAGCUGAAGAAGAUGAAAAUGAGGAUUCUGACUCGGGAAAAGUCAAACAGCAUGUGAAGAAAUCUUCAAAACGACGAGGCUCUGUUGGUGCGGAGAAGUUGAAGGUAACAACAAGCUCUAAGAAAGAUCCAAUCCUGACAAGCACUAAGAGCCCUAAGAAAUCUUCGUCGUCUAAACUCUCUAAGACUGAGGAGAGAAAUGACGUUGGUGAAAAGGUCUUCUCUAGGAAGAAGAAAGAUGCUGAUGUGCUAAAAAAGCCAUCAACUCCCAAGCCAGAUGCCAAGGAGAAGAAAACUUCUGGUCGGAAGACAAAAGCUAUAGAAAAAGAAGUGGCAGCAGAGCAUUCUGUUCCGACCAAGGAGGAAUUAAGGAAGACCAUUACUGGCAUUCUCAAGGAAGUUGACUUUAACACGGCCACCUUCACUGAUAUUCUUAAGAAGCUUGCUUCUCAUUACAAGAUGGACAUGACGCCCAGAAAAGCAGUUGUAAAGCUGUUGAUCCAAGAGGAAUUGACCAAGCUAGCAGAGGCAGAAGAUAAUGAAGACGAUGAGGAUGAAGAAGAUGAGGAAGAGGAAUAAAUUUCAGAACGCGGUGCUUGGGUACCUACUGAGAAGGAAAUAGCUUGUACAUGUUAUUUAGUGGUCAGUUAUUUUGUGAUGCAGCUUGAAUCAUUGCAGCAUAUUUUAGCAGGUUAGCAGAUGUAAGUCUUACUGUGUAUUUGUGACGUAGAUGUGUAGGAGACUCCUUUACCUGUGAGUCUACUGACUAGCUUUUGUACUUUUAUGUUCAGAUUGGCAACUUUAAUUUUCAUACACUGAAAACCAUACUGCUUGUUGUGUAUUUGUUUCUACCUUUUUGAGUUAAAA